AUGUCUUACAAGGCUUUACAUUUUGACUUGCGAAAUAGCUUUGAAUUUGAAAAAAGGUUGCUAACAAUUUCCGGAUUCUAUCCCGACAGAAAAUUUAAUAUUCUGAGGCACAUUAGAGUGUUUGUCAUUUUACUUAUGGAUUUCAUUCAACUGAUUUCUAUGAUUAUAUUGAUAGCACUAAAUUACGAUGAUUUAUCAAAAAUAUCGAAUGCUCUUGUUUUUUUAAUUACCCACAUUACAAUGAUGACCAAAUUAACGAUUUUUUUAUAUAAAGGAAAGAGCAUGCUUAAAAUGGAAGAUAUGCUAAAGAUUAAAAUAUUUACUAGAUUUUCUGAGAAGCAAAUCGAAAUAUUGCAUGAAUAUAUUGCUAGUGCCGAACGAAUAUUCUUUUUUUACAGACUUCUUUGUAUAAUGACCCUAAUUUUCUAUGGCAUAUGUCCUUUCAUUGAUGACUUAGACAAUGCUUUACCUUUGCCUGGUUGGAUUCCAUAUGAUGUUAGCAAAAAUAUAUUUUUAUAUAUUGCAACUUUCGUGUUUCAAAUUAUCACUAUUACAAUGAGUGCUUAUAAUAAUUCCACUUUCGACACAAUUGAUUGUAUGUUGAUUACGGUGGCAUCAGCUUUAUUUGAUGUUCUAAUGGAUAAUAUGAGAACAAUAAACUAUCGUUCGAAUAAUUCGAAUCAGUUAUUAAAAAAUAAUAUUGAAUUUCAUGUUGAAUUACUGCGGUAUAUUAAAGCUAUAGAAAAAAUGUUUAGUUAUGGUAUAUUAGUACAAUUCUUAGCUAGUUGUUUGGUAAUUUGUUUCACUGGAUUUCAAUUAGUUGUGACGAAGCCUCAGAGCUUACAAUUCGUUAUUUUAUUACUCUACUUGAUGGCCAUGCUAACUCAAGUUGCAAUAUAUUGUUGAUACGGAAAUGCUAUAAGCAUAAAGCAAAAAGAACUCUUAGAAGCUAUACAUAUGACCAACUGGUACGAAUCUGAUAUGUCCGUAAGAAAGCCAUUGAUCAUCUUAUUAGAGAGAUGUAAAAUGCCAGUCACACUUACAGCAGGAAAAUUCUUUACUUUGUCUUUGACAACUUUAUUAGCAAUUUUGAAAUCAUCUUAUUCAUACUUGGCAGUACUUCAAAGAGCAUAUAGUGACCAAUUUGUAAACACGGUGGAAUUAGCAUUUGCGGAUGGUGUUUUAGUACAAUUCGCAGCAACAGUUAUGGUAAUAUGUACCACUUUGUUCCAAAUGAUUGUGUCUAGGUACAUUCAAGCUAUAGAAGAAGUAUUUAGUUAUGGCGUUCUAGUACAAUUUUUAGCUAGUUGUUUGGUAAUUUGCUUCACAGGAUUUCAGUUAGUUGUGACUAAACCACAAAGUCUACAAUUUUUUAUUUUAUUACUUUACUUGAUGAUUCUGCUAACUCAAGUUGCGAUAUAUUGCUGGUAUGGAAAUAAUGUUUCUAUAAAGCAACAAGAACUAUUAGUAGCUACACUUUUGUCUACUUGGUAUGAAUCAGAAAUGUCCGUAAGAAAAUCUUUGAUCAUCUUAUUGGAAAGAUGUAAAAUGCCUGUCUCCCUUACAGCAGGAAAAUUCUUUACUUUGUCUUUAACAACCCUUUUAGGAAUUUUGAAAUCAUCCUAUUCGUACUUGGCAGUACUUCAACAGGCUUAUAGUGACAAGUGA